GUGGUAAGGUGACUGUGACCAGAGUUGGGUUUUUAAGAAUAGAGUUUAAUUGUCAUUGUAACUUCCGGCCGGCAGGCCAAGAAAAGGGUCUUUCACUAGUGCCCCAAAAGCAAACUUCCAAAUAAUAAGCAAACAAAAAGCUUUCUGAUUGAAAUUUCUUAUUGGGCUUCUCAAAUUUCUGACAAAAUAAGAGAUUACUACCUGUCAGGCCAAUUUAAAAUGCACGAGAUUGAGAUCCCAACCAACAAUUCGAUUAAUGAAUUGUGAGUUCAUGCGGAUCCACGCCCAAUCACUGAAAGGUUUCUUUCUGCAGUCAACGUAGCAAUUUAACAUUCCAAACACGGUGGUUGGAGAAAUUGCAUAAACCAAGCAAACGACAAGAAGACCAGACAAACCGCUUCUUCUUCUUCUUCUUUCGUUUAGUCACUCAAAAGCUCUGGGUCUGGGUCUGGGUAGUCUGAUCAAAAUGCAAUCAAUGCUACUCAUUAUAUGUGCAGCAUUCUGGUUCUUGGUCAUCCCAAUCUCAUCCGAAACAAACGUGUGGGUGUGGCCAAAACCGCGUACCUUUUCAUGGCCCACACCCCAGGCCACGCUUCUCUCCCCCGCCUUCACCAUCGCUGCUCCCAACCACACACACCUCUCCGCAGCCGUCAAACGCUACCUCCACCUCGUCCACACCGAGCACCACUCUCCCCUUGUCACCCCCUCCGUCAAUCUCACGCCCUCCUACGAUCCCUUGCAGACCCUUUUCGUCGCAGUCUCCGACCUCGCAGCCCCACUCCACCAUGGAGUCAACGAGUCCUACACUCUCGCAAUUCCCCUAUCAGGGCCAGCCAACCUGACGGCUGAGACCGUGUGGGGCGCCAUGAGAGGCCUCGAGACGUUCUCGCAGCUCGUUUGGGGCGACCCUUCACGCGUGGCAGUUGGGGUCUACGUUUGGGACGCUCCACUCUUUGCGCACCGGGGGAUUCUGUUGGAUACUUCUAGGAAUUACUACCCUGUGGAGGACAUAGUGAGGACGAUCGGGGCGAUGAGUGCCAACAAGCUAAACCUGUUCCAUUGGCACAUCACCGAUUCGCACUCGUUCCCGCUGGUGGUGCCGUCGGAGCCUGAUCUGGCGGCUAAGGGCUCUUACGGCCCUCAUAUGCAGUACUCUCCCGAUGAUGUCACCAGGAUUGUGCAGUUUGGUUUGGAGCACGGGGUUAGGGUUCUUCCAGAGAUCGACUCGCCUGGCCAUACGGGAUCAUGGGCGGAAGCCUACCCCGAGAUUGUGACAUGUGCAAACAUGUUCUGGUGGCCAGCAGGAAGCAAGUGGAAAGACCGGCUUGCCUCUGAACCUGGAACUGGCCAUCUGAACCCCUUGAACCCCAUGACCUACCAAGUGCUGAAAAGAGUCAUUAACGACGUGACCACCUUAUUCCCAGAGCCAUUCUUCCACUCUGGAUCAGAUGAGAUCAUCCCCGGUUGUUGGAAAGCCGAUCCAACCAUCCAAUCCUUCCUAUCAAAUGGCGGAACUCUGAGUCAGCUCCUUGAGAUGUUUGUCAACUCAACUCUCCCUUAUAUUCUAUCCCUUAACCGAACCGUGGUGUAUUGGGAAGAUGUUCUGUUGGAUGACAAUGUCAAGGUGCCAACUACAGCUCUUCCCAGAGAGCAUGUCAUCUUACAAACAUGGAACAAUGGCCAUAAUAAUACCAAACGGAUUGUUUCUUCUGGAUACCGGGCCAUAGUGUCAUCCUCUGAUUUCUAUUAUCUCGAUUGUGGGCACGGUGGCUUUCUAGGGAAUGACAGUCAAUUUGAUGAACAAGAAGGAGAUAACUCAGGAAAUGGUGGCUCAUGGUGUGGACCUUUCAAAACAUGGCAAACCAUAUAUAACUACGAUAUAACAUAUGGGUUGAGCGAGGAGGAAGCCAAGCUGGUGUUAGGUGGGGAGGUGGCACUGUGGUCCGAGCAAGCUGACCCUACGGUUUUAGAUGCAAGAAUUUGGCCGAGAGCUUCAGCAAUGGCAGAGACACUGUGGUCUGGUAACCGGGAUGAUCAGACAGGAUUGAAGAGGUAUGCGGAGGCAAUGGACAGGUUGAACGAGUGGAGGUAUAGAAUGGUGCGAAGAGGUAUUAGAGCUGAACCCCUUCAGCCACUUUGGUGCGUUAGGAACCCUGGCAUGUGCAACACAGUUCAACCCUUUGUUAGCUAGUUAUUUCCUUCUUCUUCUUCUUUUUUCUUAACACCUUGUCAUCUUUCUUGUACGUUAACAAGGAACUCCCAAUUCCAUAUGGUAACAUUGUAUUUCUUCAAUUGAUAACAAUCUCAUCAAAUGAUAUUUUUGGUACAACAGACCGUGGUUACAAGAUGUUUGAAGGAGAGCAAUGUCCCUGGUUGACUCACUUAUCUAAUGUUUUUUUGUAUAAUUCGAAGAACAGAAUGCAUUGUGGAAU